CAGUUGCUCCCGUUCAUUCGCGGCUAGUUGAAACCCAUUCGGUCUUCCAGUCUGCUCUCAACCUCGGAAGGAGGUGGUUUACUCGUGUUCGGCAACAGCUUAUCGAGUUACGGUGUGAUUUGUGUUUGUAUUGUGGUGUACAAUGGCUUACAACGGUGGUGGUGGUAAGAGACUGUGCAGUGGGACCGACCUGGACGUGGAAAGGAGUAAUGGGAACAAUUAUAUGUCGGGCGAGCCGCGGCGCAAGCGUGAGCCACCGGCGCGCCCCAACCACAUCCUGCUCUACACCAUCAUAAACCCGGCGUAUCCCAUCACUGUGGACGUCAUCCACACAAUCAGCACACCACACGGACAGGUCCAGAGGAUCGUGGUGUUCAAGAAGAACGGCGUACAGGCGAUGGUUGAGUUCGAGAGCAUCGAGUCAGCAACGCGAGCUAAGGAAGCGCUACACGGCUGCGACAUAUAUUCGGGAUGCUGCACACUCAAGAUUGAAUUUGCCAAGCCUGAAAGACUGAACGUAUUCAAAAAUGACCAGGACAGUUGGGACUACACAUUGUCAGAGGAUGUGCAACCGACUCAACGUAGCGCACCGCUGCUCCAGUCGCCGCAGUACACUGGGGGAAGGCCGCAACCUUACAAUGCAGCAACAGUGGCAACGCAACAGCCCAGACCCGCCAGCGAAGACUCUUGCAGCCAACACAGUCAGCAUUCCUGCGAACAUGCCCAGAACGAUAUGGACUUCGGCAGCGGAGGGCCUCCGCCUCCUGGUAUGAUGAAAGACAGACAUGGGCCACCCCCGCCGCACCAUCCGCGUGACGGUCGCGGCUACGGCCCGGAGGGGUACGGCGGCGAGGGGUUUGUACCACCGCCACCAAUGCACCACCCCAUGCCGCCACAGAAUCAGGUAUUUGAUUCUAGAAUAGAUUCGCAAGGCGCUCCCCCUCCACAGCAGGGCGCCGUUAUGAUGGUCUACGGCCUGGACCCCGCCACAGUCAACGCCGACCGCCUGUUCAACUUGUGCUGCCUCUACGGAAACGUCGUCAGAAUAAAGUUCCUGAAAACGAAAGAAGGCACCGCCAUGGUGCAGAUGGGUGACGGCGUGUCAGUGGAGCGAUGCGUGCAGAACCUGAACAACGUCACCGUGGGUGACUACACGCUCACUCUAGCGUUCUCUAAACAGGCGUACCUCUCGGAGGUGAUGAACCCCUACCCCUUGCCGGACAAGAGCCCCUCGUUCAAGGACUACGUGGGCAACAAGAACAAUCGCUUCCUCACCCCCGCCUCCAUACACAAGAACCGGAUACAGCCCCCCUCAAAGGUGUUGCACUUCUUCAACACGCCGCCCGACGUGUCGGACGACCAGUUGCUCCAGGUGUUCCAGGACUACGGCGUGGCGCCGCCGCACACCAUCUCCAAGUUCCCGCUCAAGAGCGAGAGGUCGUCUUCGGGCCUGAUGGAGUUCCAGAACAUAUCGCAAUCGGUCAUGGCGAUCAUGGCCUGCAACCACGCCACCAUACAGCAUCCAGGUGCGAAGUUCCCGUUCGUGAUGAAGCUGUGCUUCUCGUCGUCGCGGCAGAUCGGCCAGGGCAAGAGCCAGCCGCCCGCCAAGGCGCAGAGCCCGCCGCAGGACGCCGCGCGGCCGGGACAGAACAACGGCCUCGAGCACGACUACUACUAACGGCGAUCUGGCGGAGCACACACAAACACACAUAUCAAGACGGACGGCAACACAUAGACACACACAGGCACACCACUACGAGUGCGGGGGAGGGGGGAAGUUGGGAUUGCCAUUGCCAAAACAAAAAUAAUAACCACAAAAAAGUGUAGUUAAAAAAUACAUUAUUUCUUUGGCACCACAUUUACAAUAACACCCUGAAUGUAAGGUAAUUUUUCCCCGCAAUGGCAACAUUUCUAUAAUUCCUUUGCCGUCACACGAACUUCUCUUGAGAACUUGAUCAAUUAGGUAAAUUUUUGUGCAAAAAUAACUGCACUUUUUAAACGUCAUAGUUUAUUUGUCAUAACAAAAAUAUGUAAUUUUUUAACUCUCCUUUCAUUAAAACACAAAAAGACACUAUUUUUUUAAGAAACAUUUUUCCUUUCAAGAAUGAUUUUUAUAUGUAAUUUCAUUUAUUCGCUUAUGUAGUCAAAUUUGACACAUCUUCAUACAAGAACAAGGAAAGUUUGUGUGACAUUAAUAAUAUUUUUAUAAUUUGUGAUCUAUUUCACUCAUAUAAAGACAUUAACAGGUAGUUUUUUUUCUUUAUUAUAAUAUUAGACACAGUAACAAUUCUCAAGUAACACGAUUACAUUUCCAUUUUUUUUUCUUUUUCACUUAAUUUUUUUUUUUAUAUAAUUUUUAGUUUUUUAUUUCUUGGACAUACCGUCCAAUGCGAAGCGCAUUUUGGAUUAUCGGUUUAUUUCGUCGAGCGGCUUAGAAUUUAUAAGCAUUAUUCCCAUUUUUAAUUAAUUAAGGUAACAUUUAGAUUUUAGUUUCUUAUCAUUCUAUUUGAGUGCCGUUUUCAAACACUGGCGGUUUAAUAUUUUCUGUAGCUGAUUUCUACUGGCGGUUUUAUUCGUCAGUCCAGCAUAUUUUACUUUAAAAUUAUAUUUAUUUAAUGAUACAACAACCUUUUUUGUAUACUUAUAUAAUAGUAUAAAUAUAUAUUUUGAAACCAAAGCGUUUUUAGGCUGUUUUUUUUUUAAUCAAAUUUGGAUGCCGAGUGUUUUGAAAGCGGUACUGUUAAGAAAAAUAUAAUAUAUAGCCACUUAUCCCAUUUUUAGUGACGGAUAAAAAAUUAAUUGGUAGUUUUUAAUUAAUUAAUAAAAAUAAAUUAGUUUUUGUGAAUACGUGUGGUACGCAAAGACGAAAAGCUGUGGAUUUUUUUUCUCUGAAUUUGUUAUGUAUCGAUUGCGAAUUAGGGCCAGCGUACACCGGCGGACGAGAAGAGGAAAUUAACUUGCUGUAGCAUCCCGGGGCAUGCCGAUGGACUUAGGUGCAUUCCACCGCGGUAGUUAACCGCCAGUGUCCCACCAUGCCCAUAAUAAAUGUAUUGUGCUUCGUUUAAGGCAUUCCGCCCGCCGGUGUGCGCGGGUCUUCUUUGCGUACAUGGUAAUUUGGUUGUACGGUUACAAAAACUUGUCAGUUGUGAAUUUGUACAAGAAAAUAAAGUAACGGUGGUUAUGGAGGUAGCCCA